AUGUCGACAGAACGCAAUGAUCCGAGCUUGGCUUACACUAUCCCCUUCCAGCUCACAAAGACCAUACAUCGCCGUGUACCCGAUGAGCUGCAACCAGAAAGGUCAGAGAACUCUCAAAGAGGGAAGAUCAUCCUCAUCACUGGAGGAGGCUCAGGGAUUGGUGCGGCUGCCGCCAAUGUUUGGGUUCGCGCUGGUGCCGAAGGUGUUGUCAUUGUUGGACGUCGUAAGGAACGACUAGAAGCGACCGCCCAAUCGCUUGAGAAAUCGAGCAGAGGGAUUACGAAGAUCGUUCCAAUCGCCGCUGAUUGUACGAUUGACGCAGACAUGAGGCGCGUUCAUGAUGCGAUCAAAGAGAUUUUCGGCCGCAGCGCUGAUGUGGUAUUGGCAAAUGCUGGAGCUGUAGGCGAAAUCAAAUCGUCAGCCGAGGAGAGUUCUUCAGAGUGGUGGAAGAUCUAUGUCAGUCGCUCUCCUGCAUUUGCGCAGCAUCUGCUUACAGCAUUGGUGUAG